AUGGCGUUUCGCUGGUACCAAGCGAAGCUUAGGACUUCUCCCUACUUGACGCAGAGUAUUACUACAGCGGUACUCUUCGCGACCGGCGACACAAUGGCACAGCAGGGUGUAGAACGCCGUGGACUCGAUAAGCACGAUCUCGCACGUACAGGACGCAUGGCCGCCUACGGAGGAUGUAUCUUCGGCCCCGCAGCAACAAAGUGGUUCGACUUCCUCGUCAAGCGCGUAAACCUCAAAUCUACAAACGGCACAAUCGUCGCGCGCGUAGCCUGUGAUCAAUUCCUCUUCGCACCCUGCAACAUGGCUCUCUUCCUGUCCACCAUGGCUUACAUGGAAGGAAACUCGCCAGUGCAGCGUCUCAAGGACGCGUACCUACCCGGUUACCAGAAGAACUUGAUGGUGUGGCCUUGGGUCCAGUUCACCAACUUCAAAUACGUGCCCGCGGAGAUGAGGGUGUUGGUUGUCAACGUCAUCUCAUUGGGCUGGAAUUGCUACUUGAGUUCGUUGAACUCGGCGGGUGGCACCAAGCCCAACCCUCCCGUGGGUAAGACCAAGGAGGGCGGUCAGCUUCCUCCUUCAUAG